AUGAAGCACUGCCAGGACCCGAUGAGUCUCAAGCGAAUACUAAAUACUGACACUGCCGACAAUCUCGACACUCCUGACACCCCAGCUCGUAAACAGCAUAAAGUGACAGCGCAACACUGCAGCCGUUUGCACACCUUUGGCGCAACAACUAGCACCGCCUCCCGAGACAAGCAAUACGACAACUCUGCGCAGACUGUCGAUGCAGUGAAGUACGCCAACCCUGCUCAAACCUACAACGCGGUGAACCAAUAUCCUCCGCACGCCUACCCUUCGCAAACCCUCGAUGGACGUUGCAGCGUUGAGACGCUCCCGCCCAUCACCGCCGGCGUAAGCUCAGGUGCUUCAAACAUCGGCCGAAGCUCUUUCAAAAGAGAUAAGAAAUUUAUUGUCGUCAACCCUGGAGACUAUUAUACACCUAGCAACGAGUACAAACCAGUUUGUGGGACAUGUGGUAGGGAUGAUCUUAUUUGGGAUAACUUAGACCGUCAUCAGGAGUCACCCUACUGUGUGAACGAGCGAACCUUCAAAUUAGCGUACGCCAAAGCUGUUUUAAACUACCGCUAUGAUUAG